UUCUGCUGGUGAGAACAUUUUCGUUGGUCCACCCCAACUUUUCAGUUUGUCCUUUCAUCCACUUGUUUCCCACGCCCUUACUGGGUCAGAGUUCAGUCAGUUCCUUUCUCCGGUAGACGUAGGUCAUCGCGAUAACCUCUCCGCAUUUUCACGUCUUACAUUUUUAACUUGAUUGACCAAACGUUCUUAAUCACAAACCUACGGUGAUAUUCAUUCAGUUAAUCGCCUUGGUUAUGGAGAAUCAAAUCAAUAAGAUCCACAGUUUGAGCUUUGCGAACAUUAGUGAUGAACCGCUUGAUUUGAGUUUGCGGAAGAAUCAGCGCCAUCUUGAAAGAGAAGUUGAAAAUUCCGAUGGGCCCAUCAAACGACACAAAGUGAUGGCAAAGUUGUGGCAAACGAGAGAAGUAAUGCGUCCUCAAGAAACUCUACAAAGUAUCGUGUCUGACAGACAGCUUUCGGAAAUGAACGCAUUUCCAGUUGCGGUUAUCACUCCCGAACCCCUGCCCGUUCAAUCAAGCGAGAAAGAUCGGGAAAAUGAUCACGUGAUGAAAAACUUGGUUUCCGGAGACUCUUCGAAGGUAUCGCAGCCGCCAAAGAAACGCAACCGUUUCACAACUACUGAGCUUUUCGUACUGGAGAAGGUGUUUGAAGUGAAAAUGUUUGUAACAGCCAGGGAAAUCGAGGAAGUGGCUCGUCUACUUGACAUAAAAAAUUACCGGAUCAAACAUUGGUUUCAAGCUCGCCGUCAGAAAUGGAAAAAAGAGAAUCUUUGGGGAAAAGAUGAUGGUGCUCACGUGGCUGCCCGACUAUAACCUGUCGUGUUGAAUUCAUUUGUCAAGCUCAUCAUCGACACGUUCGACGUCCUAGAAAUUAACUCGAUGUUGAAUUUGGCCAUACUGGCAGAGAAUGAUUCGCUUUUAAUUGCAUUAGACCGUCGACGAUAGAGCUGCCAACCCACUUUGAAUUCCAAAGGUUUCAUUUUUGUUAUGUGUCUGAAAUUACCUGAAUAUUUAAUUUCUAGCAUUGUUCCCAUUUUUUAAAGAUUGUCUCCAUUUACCAAGAACCCGCUCGAUAUUGAUGUUAAUAUUUAAUUAUGUAAACUUUAACAGAUUUCUCUUAUAUUCAGAGAAAUGUGUCGGAAAAGUAGUUAAGUUAUUGUAACCCAUGUUUGUCCCUGAACAGAGUCAAAUUCGUACAUGUUCUUCACUAAGUGAUGGUAAAUAAAUCAGGUCGCGUCAUGAAGACGUCAUUUUAAUGACUCCGAA